AUGGUUUGGUUAAUAUUCACUCUUCUCUGUAUUGGGAAUCUCAGCGCACAGUUCUUGGACAUAACCGGCAACCCUGAACCAGAACUAGAGCAACGAUUAUUUCGACUUCUUGAAAGAUUGCAAAAAGAGAAACUCUUCGACACCCUACUACUUUAUGGAGAGGAUUGUGUUUUCCAUUCUCUAUCCAGACGACUACAAGUCCCCACAGUAUUGGUGUCUUCUGGUAGCACCAACUUCGAAUGGAACUUCAGCAGUUUAACACUUAUACUCAGUUGUGACUUUCAAGCCGAAAGGGAGGAGAGUUAUCGCACACUAAUUAAGCUGCAAAUGAACAGGAGGCUAAUCCUUCUACGAGGGGAUAUACAACCGGAGUCGGUGUGCGACUUCUAUUCGAAAAAAGAACAAUACAAUAUAGCCAUGGUGAGAGAUAACUUGGAUCAGUUCGGGGUUGUAUACUCCUGUCGCCUAUUUCAAGAUCUAAACUAUGAAAAAGUAAACCUUUUGGAAGGUAACCCGAUUUUCAUAGAACAAUUUCGAAACAUGCAAGGAGCGAAGAUUAGAACAUUGUCAGACCUAACAGCCCCUCGAUGCAUGCUAUACCGGGAUCCUAAGUCCGGGGAAGAGAAGUAUGUCGGUUUCGUGGCCAAUUUAAUAAACCACUUCGUGGAAAAGGUCAAUGCUACCAUGGACAUGCAGGAGCAUUUGGUCGAGGCCGGAAAGGAAAUGUCUCUUGUGAAUAUAACGAAUUGGGCUUCGCAAGAUCUUCUGGACAUUGGGAUGACUUGGGCUCUUACAUAUAAAAAGAAGAGCUUCGAUACGAUCUCUUAUCCGUACUUCUUGAGUUCCUACUGCUUGAUGGUUCCUCUUCCGGAUGAAAUGCCUCUUAUGCAGAUCUACAUGGCGAUCGUGGAUCCAAUCGUCCUAAUAGUGUUUUUAUUGAUUUUCUGCAUUUUCUCUGUUAUGCAGAUCUAUCUGCAGAAAAAAUCUCUGAGCCUGAGCAGCGUCCUGAUGAACGAUAUAUGUAUGAGGGGACUCUUGGCUCAAUCGUUUCCUUUUCCCCGAUUCUCCAGCAGAAAACUUAAGCUGAUUUUCACGAUUCUUUGCUUUUACAGUGUGAUCACGACCACCAUGUAUAUUGCUUACCUGCAGGCUUUCCUAUACACUCCUCCAGUCGAUCCGUAUAUGACCUCCUUCACCGACUUGCAGAAAUCCAGGUACACGGCGGCCAUACCCUUUUACGACGAAGAGAUACUAGAAGCUUUGAACAUCAGCAAGGAUAAGAUGCUGGUCCUUGAUCCUAAGCGAUUCGAGCACUUGCGAGGCACUUUUAAUGACAACUUUGUCUACCCGGUAACCGAAGUGCACUGGAUGACCUUUAACGAACAGCAAAAUACCUUUGGCAACCCACUGUUCUACUACUCAAGAGCACUCUGUCUUAAUUAUCUUGAUAUCUUAAGCUUUCCUAUUCGACGUCAUUUGCCCUAUCGCGAUCUCUUCGAGGAGCACAUGCUGCGCCAGAAGGAGUUUGGACUGACGAACCACUUGAUCGAUAGAGGCUUCCUGGAUAUGUGGAAACUAAAUCUCACAUCGCCGAAAGAUUUCAUUCGCCCCCUCCCGAAUGAUUCUAUCGAGGUACAUAAUCUUUACUACAUUUUUGGAAUGUACAUUGCUGGAAUGGGCGCCGCUCUCUGUUGUUUUAUCGUGGAGAUUUGGUCACCUCUCAGCUGCUUCAGACGACUCAAAUUAAGGAUACAAAAUUAA